CCUGCGGGAGGGCGGCUCCGCCCCGCCCCGGGCCGUUCUGAUCCGGGACGGGCGGCUCCGAGCCACGGUACCCACCGGUAGAGGCGGUCCCGGUUCCGAGAGGCGGCGGUUCAGCUUCCGGGAACCCUGCUGCUGCCCACAAAGGCCAUGGAGAAGAGGUUGGAAGCCAAGUUCAGCAUCAGAGCCCGAUUUCUGUCACAGUUCUGCCUGGGAAGACCCAGGGAGCUGAGGAGUCUGCAGCUGCUCUACUUGUGUGUGUGCCUCUGUGCCUUGUGCUUCUCUGCAGAUGCAAACUGGAACAGUUCUAAAUGCAAGCUGGAGAGGAUCCUUUUUGGUGGCCAUUUGAGACUGUGGGGAGCUCAUCACCUGCAGCUCCUGGAAGGGUUUCAUACUGUCCAGUCCUGUCAGACUGCUUGCUGCCAGAGCCCCACCUGUGAUGCCUUUUGGUUCUUGGAAAACAUGUGCAUCCAGGUGAACUGCACGAUGCCUGGCACGUGUCAGGCAAACAGGACUGGCUUCUCUGACUCUGUUUUGGUGUUUUUAAAGAAAUGGAAAAGCACAGAGCACUUGUUUCCAACAGAAGGUGGUGUGAAGCUCUCGUUUCGCAAGUGGUUGGACUGGGGCAUCCCUGUGCAGGGGAAGAAAAGACUGCAGAGGUCAUUCCAGAAGCAGAGCUUGGCAGGGAACAGGCUGGCACUCCUGAAAAGGGAUAUAGCAGCCAACCCCAGCAGCGAGGCUGCACCCACAGACAGCAACUCCAGAAGCAGCCCAAAGGAAGCAGAGCACCUGAAGGAUCAAGUGCUGAGGCACUUGGUGGCAGACAAGCCUGCUCCUGAAGGCCAUCCAAAUCAGAAGAAAGACUCACUGGCACAGGGACAGGAUCCAGGGGAGCAGAAAGCCAAAAGCCCAUUCCCUCCUAAGAGCAAUAAUGUGAAUAGGUCAAGUGAUGCAGAUGGUGUGGGCUUGCUGCAGACCCACGCAGGAACUUCUGCACCAGACCCAUCAGCUUUGGCCACCUUCUCCAGUCUUGUAGCACAGGGCUCAUCAGCCACAGGAGAGACUGAGAAACCUGGGCAGGCAGCUGACACUUUGGUCCAUCCUCACUCCUCAGAUGUGUUGCCUGCAGUCAGCCCAGUGCCAGGGAAGAGCACAGCAAAGGUGCAGACAGCCACAGCUGUGCCAAGUGGAGUUCCCACAAAUGGCAGUGUUCCUACAAGCCAGACCAACACUGCUGCCUCACCAAGUACUACUGCAAACACACCAGUUAUGAAGGAGCUGGUGGUUUCUGCUGGGGACAGUGUGGAAGUGACCCUGCCAAAGAACAAAGUUCAGCUGAAUGCAUUUGUGCUUCCUGAGCCACCACCUCGAACUACUUAUUCCUAUGAGUGGGAAUUGAUUACUCAUCCAAAAGACUACAGUGGAGAAAUGGAAGGGAAGCACUCCCAGACCCUUAAAUUGUCUAAGCUGACUGUUGGCCUGUAUGAAUUCAAAGUCAUUGUUGAUGGGGAGAAUGCACAUGGAGAGGGUUAUGUGAAUGUUACUGUGAAUCCAAAGCCUCGGGUGAAUCAGCCUCCUGUUGCCAUCGUGUCCCCACAGUUCCAGGAGAUUUCACUGCCAACCAUUUCAACUGUGAUUGAUGGCAGCCAAAGCACUGAUGAUGAUAAAAUUGUCAGCUAUCACUGGGAAGAGCUGAAGGGUCCUCUGCGGGAAGAAAAGGUUUCUAGUGAUACUGCUGUACUGACACUGACCAACCUGGUACCUGGGAACUACACCUUCAGUCUCACAGUUGUGGACUCAGAUGGUGCCAGCAACUCCACCACUGCAAACCUGACUGUGAACAAAGCAGUGGAUUAUCCCCCAGUGGCAAAUGCAGGCCCAAACCAAGUGAUCACCCUGCCUCAGAACUCCAUCACUCUCUAUGGGAAUCAGAGCACUGAUGAUCACAGCAUUGUCAGCUAUGAGUGGCUGCUCAGCCCUAACAGCAAAGGGAAGGUGAUGGAGAUGCAGGGGGUGAGGACACCAGUCUUACAGCUCUCUGCAAUGCAAGAAGGUGAUUACACUUACCAGCUGAUAGUGACUGAUUCUGCUGGGCACCAGUCAACUGCAGAGGUUACUGUGAUAGUCCAGCCAGAGAACAAUAAGCCCCCAAAGGCAGAUGCUGGUCCAGAUAAAGAAUUAACUCUUCCUGUGGACAGCACCACUCUAGAUGGCAGCAAGAGCUCAGAUGACCAGAAGAUAGUCUCCUUUCUUUGGGAAAAAACACGGGGCCCAGAUGGUGUCAAGCUGGAGAAUGCCAACAGCAGCAUUGCCACUGUAACAGGUCUGCAGGUUGGAUCAUAUGAGUUCACUCUGACAGUUAAAGAUGAGAGGAACUUGCAGAGCCAAAGCUCAGUCAAUGUCAUUGUCAAAGAAGAGAUCAACAAGGCACCAGUUGCAAAGAUCUCUGGUAAUGUUGUCAUCACCUUGCCCACAAACACAGCUGAGCUGGAUGGGUCGAAGUCCUCUGAUGAUAAGGGAAUUGUCAGCUACUUGUGGACCCGGGAUGAGGGCAGCCCUGCAGCUGGGGAAGUCUUAAAUAAUUCAGACCAUCAUCCUGUCCUUCUCCUGUCCAAUCUGGUAGAAGGGACCUACACAUUCCACCUCAGAGUAACAGAUGCCAAAGGAGAGAGUGAUGUAGAAAGGAGCACAGUGGAAGUCAAACCUGAUCCUAGGAAAAACAACCUGGUGGAGAUAAUUCUGGAUGUUAAUGUCAGCCAGCUGACUGAGAGGCAGAAGGGAAUGUUCAUCAGACAGAUUGGUGUCCUGCUGGGGGUCCUGGACUCUGACAUCACUGUGCAGAAGAUCCAGCCCUACACUGAACAGAGCACGAAGAUGGUGUUUUUUGUACAGAACCAGCCUCCUCAUCAGAUAUUCAAAGGAAGAGAGGUAGCCUGGACCCUAAAAAAUGAACUACGGAAGCAGCAGUCAGACUUCCUCAUCUUCCGGGCAUUAGAAAUUAACACAGUCACCUGUCAGCUGAACUGCUCCGAGCACGGGCGCUGCGACUCCUUCACCAAGCGCUGUGUCUGUGACCCCUUCUGGAUGGAGAACUUCAUCAGGGCACAGAUGGGGGAUGGUGAAAGCAACUGUGAGUGGAGUGUGCUGUAUGUGAUCAUUGCAUCAUUCCUCAUUGUGGUUGCCUCUGGAAUCUUAUCCUGGAUGGUGAUCUGCUGUUGCAAGAGACGAAAAGGGAAAUCCAGAAGAAAAAGCAAAUACAAGAUUCUGGAUGCAACGGAUCAAGAAAGCCUGGAGUUAAAACCAAAUCCCAAAGCAGGUGGCAGACAGAAAGCCCAGGUCCUCAACACAAGCCUGAUGCACUCAGAGUCUGAACUGGACAGUGAUGAAGCCAUCUUCACAUGGCCUGACCGUGAGAAGGGGAAGCUGCUCCGUAGCCAGAAUGGCUCCUUGGGCAAUGGACAAGUGAUGCUCAAAGCCAAGAACCAGAGGGAGGAAAUCCUAUAGCUCCCCUCAGGGGAGAAGGCUGCUCCUGUCCUACAAGGGCCUCUGGAGGACAGUUUGGUUAGGACAAUGCUGCUAACUUGUUUCACAGAAAAUAACUUGGGUUUUGUGGGUUUCUUUUCAGUUAAAACUGGUUGUACUUGAAUUUGAACUUAAAGGGAAAUCAAAGGGAGGAGAAAGCAACUGUGAAGCCCAGGGGAUGGAUCAGAACAGAGCUGGCACCUGGAGAGCAGCAGGACAGAACCACUUGGAGCAACUGUGAAUGUACAGGACCCUCCUAGCCCACCUCAGGCUGCAGUGGAGGAACCUCCUAUGGACUUCCAGCUCACUUUCCUGGGAGCUCUGUGGAGAAGGAGGGUCUUUGUUCUUUGAGCUGUGCUCUGAGCUCCCUUCAGGUCCCAGUAGCCCACCAUGGGCAACUUUCACUGUCAAACAGCUUUCUUCUCUGCUAGUCCCACCUUCCCUAAUGGUUUUAAGCACUAUGUUAAUUUAGAUUUGUCUUUUCACAUGCACUUACUUGGCUGCUUUUGGUGGGAAGAGGAGGGGGGGGUCUAAACACUAUGGGUUGCACUUCAUCAGUUUGCUCACAGGAGAGGGUUUUGUAGCUGUUCUAAGUUUCUGUCUGGGUUUUCUCCCUGAGAGUGCUGAUGGCAUGGUGCCUGCUCAGCUGGGAAGAGCUGACUUGUCUGCAGUGAUUGGCUGGGUUAGGAGACCCCCUCUCAGGAAGCUCUGCUGGGUACCAGAGCUGGGAGGGGUCACCCAUCUCUGGUACCUGUGUCUAACAUCUGGCUUAAUUCCAAAGCUGUGAGAUGUUGUUCAGUGGCACCAGCACCUUCUGCUGGUUGCCAGACCAUCCCUCAGUCUGGACAUUAACCAUAUCUCAGUUUGGAAACACAAGAUACUGUGGGGGUUUGGGUUUUUUGGGGUUUUUUUGGGUUUUUUUGGGUUUUUUUUGUUUUCCUUCUCAAAAUUUGCACAACCUUGGUAAAGGGGCUCAUAUCUCCAGUUCCCAGCAGCUGGUUUCUCCCUCUGGUUGGCAGCUCUGUGGCCUCCUGUUGUCAGGGCUGAAGAGCCCUGCGUGUGCUCCUCCUGCAGUGCAAAUUCUGCACUGGUUGGUGGAAGAGGGAACUCUGAGUCCCUGUGGGCAGUGUGGGGUGUGCCAGCAGCAAGUGGCCCAUACCCUCUCCUUCAUCUCCUUUCAUCAAUUGCACCCCUGCCCUCAGGCAGCAGUUGGCCUCUUGCUGGCAUGAAGGAUGCCCCUGCUCCUCUGUGGAUGGGUGGGCAGUUUAUUGCCUUUCUUUGUGUUUAAUUUAAAAACUGGAAACUUGUUUCAUUGGCUUUUUUGUUUGUUUGUUUGUUUGUUUUUGAGCUGUGGAAGCCUCAAGGCUUUAACUCCCUGGGUUGUAUUUAUAUUGCUGCACUACUGAUUUGUGUUGAGCUAGAUGAAGAUUAAACACUAUUGAAUGCAAGGGAAUGUUCCCUCGCUGAAUGUA